UCUUAAAUAAUAAAUAAGCAAAUGCUAAAUAAUGAAUUGUCAUGACUUCAUAUGAUAGACAUCUUUUGUGUUUGGUUCCUGCUUGAGUAUUCUCACUAGGGAGCUACUGGUGCUGAGGAAGUUUGGGGAAGAAAAAGCCAAGGAAUGUCUGGAGAGAAAUCACAUGAGCAUUUUGGUGAUUUUCAGGGAAGACAAAUACAACCUACUGCUGUUAGAGCUAUGAAUAGGACCAGGCUAUACCCCAGGGAGUCAAAUUUAGAGGGUGCUGACAGGCCAGCCCUUAGAAAUAAUCUUAGCUAGCAUUAGAAAUACCAUCUAGCUUUAUCCUCACAGCAUUCUUGAGAGGGUAAUGUAUUCAUUUUACAAAUGAGAAAACUGAGGAAGAUAGUGGCCGGCAGAAUUGCCGAGGGUCACAUUGCUAGUAUGUGUCUGAUUCCAGGUCCAAGAUUCUAUCCACUGGGCCACUCUAACAAAAAUUAAUGUCCAGUUAGCCAGAAUUAGUUAGAAUCAGAAAACCAUCAGAGAGAAACUUACUUUCUUUACUAUGCUACUCUAUUCUCCACUCCUUACCCUUCUGCACCCUAUGGGGUAUAUGUGUAUUCUGGGAGGACUCGCAUUCCUCAUGUGAGGGUUUGCUGAGCCUUUUCCAGAGCUAUUCAUCCACCUUUGGUGCCACUUUGCACUCAGGACCAACCUAAGGCUCCAAGAAACUAUAGUAUGCACCAUGGACACACCCCAGUAAAUGAAGACAGCAGAUGGGCUAUACCAGGUGAGGGUAACUGAUGGGUCACCCAUCAGUGGGUUAAGAGGGUGUCUACCCCAAGCAUGUGAAGACUUCUCCCAGCAGAAUGGGCGGAUGAGAACUUUUGUUCCAAAGACCAUGGAUGGCUGAAGCAGGAGUGCUUUGAGUUUGGUCAGACACUGAAGUCACCACAACCAUACAGUGCAUUCUGGACCAUCACCAGGCAUCCUGAUGGAUGUCUUGCCACUGGACCUGGUUGAUUCUGGAAGAGAGAAUGAGGUUGGUGACUUUGUUCAACUCUGCCUCACUUAAAUCCGAAUAAUUCACAAAUUAAGAUGUCACCCCAUGAUGUCAUUGAUUAUCUUCAAAAACAAAGGACAAACAAAGCCCUAUGCAACUUAGCCUUAUGCUAAUGCAAAAGAUUCUCUGUGACUCCCCUCCUUUAGUUGUGAGAAAUCACCUCUUGUUGCUGCCUCUGGGCUCAACCUCUAGGACUUGCCUCCAGAACAGCAAUUCCUAGCUAUAGUUUUGUUGUCCUAACAAAGAAGAGGAAAAAAAGGAACACCAAGACAGUUUACUCCCAUGUAAUAAGAAAAGAAAGCAGAGAAUGCCACCUAAACCAGAACUAUCCUAAAAAUGUGAGCUGUUAGGGGCAGUGAAGUGGCUCAGUAGAUUGACACUGGAGGUCCUCAGUUCAAAUCUGUCCUUAGACACUUCCCAGCUGUGUGACCCUGGACAAGUCACUUAACCCCGAUUGGCUAGCCCUUACCACUUCUCUGCCUUGGAUCUAAUACACAGUUUUGAUUCUAAGACAGAAAGGAAGAGUUAAAAAAUGUGGACUAUUAGACCUUCAAUAAUCUGAACUUUCAGUCUCUUCAUUGUGAAAAGAAUCCAGUAAUUUACUCAGAGAAUAAACUUGGUGGCUGAGAACAGGUUGUACUCAUACAUACAUGGAUGGGGAGCUUUGGGGGUUGGAGUGUGACUCUGCUACUUAGAGAAAGGCAUUUCCUAUCUCCGUGUGUUCCCUUUACUUGGUGAUGAGAAGGUAAUCAGGUACUUGACUCAAGGGAGCUUCCAAUUAGUGACUGGAGGAUAUUGACGUCACCAGAGAAGUUAAUUUAACUGCUUGAUGGCUGAUCUCAGGUUUGGUACAUUUGGGCAUAUAUUUUCAUAGCUACGUUUCCAAAUGAGGCUUUACAAGAUAAACAGUGCUAGAGUGCUUUAUUUUUCCGGGUAGUUUGAAGAUGGCUUCGAUUCUGGAAGGGCUGCAUCACACUCACCAUCUGUUUCCUCCUGAUUGUGUGUGGCUCACACUGAAGUUGUUAUGAUUGAUUUAUUUAUUUGCAGCUUGGAAACCAAUAUGAAAAUUUCACACAGACUCGGGGAAGGUGUGUUUGGUGCCUCAAACUGAGGCAAUAAUGUUCAUGUGGUUUUUUGAUAAAGGAGGAAAUGAUAGAAUACAGAAAUGGACCUUCUAACAGUUUCAAGAACUAAUUUUUUUCUUGAAAGUCUUAUAAAAGGUUGAAUUUGUUUGUUGGAGUUUUGAUGCAAUUACUUCACUGUUGUUUGUAUGAAAUAACUACCUGAGAGGCUUCUGCUUUUAAGUUAGAUGACAGUCAAAGUGACGUAUGUGUAUGAGCUUAAUGAGGUGUUAUGUUGUUGUUCAGUCGUCUUAGCCAUCUCCAACUCUUUGGGGUUUUUCUUGGCAAAGAUAAUGGAGAGGGUUGCCAUUUCCUUCUCUAGCUCAUUGACAAAUGAGGAAACUGAGUCAAAUAAGGUUAAGUGAAUUGCCCAGGGUCACAUGGCAAAGAUACUGGAGAGGGUUGCCAUUUCCUUCUCCAGCUCAUUGACAAAUGAGGAAACUGAGUCAAAUAAGGUUAAGUGAAUUGCCCAGGGUCACACAGCUACCAAGUGUCUGAGGCUGGGCUUGCACUCAGGAUGAUGAGUUUUCUUGAUCCCAGAGCAGGCAGUCUCUCCGCUGCCUCAAGUAUUAAACAUAUAGCCUUUAUGUUAAUUCCCUGCUUAUACAUACAUACAUACAUACACACAUACCCCUACAAAUUUAUUCUGAGUAACUUUUGGGUUUUUGAUAUUUAUGUGAACUAUUCUGCAUUCAGAAGCUAAAGCCUUCAGAGUGAAUCCACAGCGUGUCAGUCAGCUAGCAUUAUAAGUACCUACUAUGUGCCCCAGGUACUAUGCUAAGUGCUAAGAAUUCAAAGAAGGGCAAAAACAAGAAUGAAAACGAGUCACAGUUUUCAAGGAGCUGUGUCUUUCCAUUGACAGAGUACAUCAAGGUUAUGGGAAAACUUCUGAAAGGAGUGAAGCAUAGAUAGCAGCUUCUUGAUUUCUUUCAAUCAAAAAGAUUGGUUUUGCUCCCAUCUACUAGUCUUAUUCAUGAGUAAAGAAGAAAUCAGUUCAGGGCAUUGAGGUGAACAGAAUGCUGGGCUUGGAGUCAGGAAGACUCCUAUCUCAGAUAAUAUGUUAGCUCUGUGACCGUGGGCAAAUCACUUAAUUCCUCUCAGACUCAUUUCCCUCAUCUAUAGAAUGGGAAUAACAUAGCACCUUCAUCAGGAGGCUGUUGCAAUGAUCAAACAUGUAAAGUGCUUUGGAAACUUUAAAUAAAGAUCAAUUGCAGAGAGUAUGUUCUUGUCUGAAUUCUACAGGAAAAGUAAAAUGAUUUUUGUUUCUUAAUUGGGGAUAAAAUGUAAUAUGGUUUGACCAUAAGUCAGCCCAACUCGUUCAAAUGAAAUAUACGCCUUUUCUUAUUAGAAGUUAAACAGAAGAGUAGUGAGUAAAUGCAAGGGUUUGUUUUAGGAUUGCCUUUUAAUUCAUUUAUGAGACUUGUGAGAGAGCAGGGAAGCACAGUGCAUCAUUAACAUUCAGUGCUCUCUUAAACGCCAACAUGCCUGGGGACACAGUGGGGGUAUUGGCAGAACUCACUGCAAACCCAGGACAUAGUUCAGCACAUCUGAGUGGAAAGUGUUGCUUGCCAAGCAAAGCAGUGUUAUCAGUUUCCUUUCUCCUCUCCUCUAAAACAGACAGGGGGUAACAGACAGUGUAGAAUUUCCCGGUUUGUUUCAAGAAAUCCAGCAUCCAUUUCCCCUCCUUUUUGUAGUUUGUUUGAACUUGAAACUUCCUGAGAUUUCAUGAAAAAAAAAAAGCCAACUACAUUUGAAAAGUGUAUUUGCUUUCCACUGUCAGAGCAUGUCCAUAAAGACGCACAGUCUCACUUGAGAACAAAUCCUCCUUCUUUAGGAAGGAAACUUCCUAGGUUUAAAAACAAAUCAUCGAAGAGAGAGGUACUUUUUUUUUUUCCAACAGCCCUUCCUCUUCUAUUAAUAAUUUGCUUCUGUUCUCCUGGCCCCAGAACAGUGGUAGCCCUAGGGGAACACCGGAUGGUGUAGUCACAGGAAUGAGAAGCAAAGUGAACAAGUAUCGGCUUUAGAUUUCUGCUUGGGUGAAUACUGAUGUGUGAACUUGAGAACAAGAAACUAAAAAUCUUACUCUGGGACUGUACCGUCCAAGAACGCCUGCAAGAUGGAAAUGAAUCAGAGACAGCACUCAAAGCGAAGCUAUUUGGGGAUCUUCGGUUCCAGCUUUGGCAAUGACUUCUCUUCUGAUGUGGAUUCUUCCCUUUCCUAGAGAGCAGCCUAAAAUUGCUUAGGUAAUUAUGGCUAUGAAUGACAUCAGGAAGCCAAUAGAUAGAUUUCAACUUUGUUAAUAGGGUUUGUCCAAAUAUUAUCUCGUUUGGGGACAAAGAAGAAAUUUUGGCUGCUGGGUAAUGAAUGGAAAUCAGUGCGUGUGCUCAGAUGGAAGAAUCAAUGGGUCACUGUCAGGUAUGAAGUGGUUUUGCCAUAGAAAGGACUGUUGUUAUCACUUUGAAGCUAUUUUUGCCUGAUUUGGUCUAAUGGAGGCAAUUACAGCAUCUGUCUAUUGCUCAUGUUUGGCAAAGAAAAAUAUGCAAACCAUUAUUUGAGGGAAACAGAGGUGGUUCUCGCUAGCUACAUUUCUCCACAUGCCCCUUCUUUUUUGCAUUUCAAUUCCAUAAAAACUGGGAAUUAUCGAAAAGGGAGGAAACUAUUGCCACUGGCACUGGAAACUUUGAUUUGUGUAUUUCAUGAGCCCAGACCUUGCAGAAUCUUUCCUAUUGAGUGACUGAAAAAAACAACAGAAAAAACCCACUCAUGUCUCAGCACGGAUCACCAAGAGAAGGCCAAGAUGGCCAUCAAUACCGAAUCUUAAGGAGGGUCAGUCAGGCUCUUCAUGGAUUUUCAUCAGUAGUCCUGCGUCCUUUUCAAAAGAGAAACUGGAGAAGUAACCCAAGGCGUACGUGUUCUGAUGAAAUCAUGCACCAGGACAUCGUUCCCCUCUGUGCUGCUGAUAUUGAAGACCAACUGAAAAAGCAGUUUGCUUACCUGUCUGGUGGACGGGGACAAGAUGGAUGUCCAGUCAUCACAUUCCCAGAUUACCCAGCUUUCAGUGAAAUCCCAGAGAAAGAGUUCCAGAAUGUCCUGACCUACUUGACCAGCAUUCCCAGUUUACAAGACACUGGAAUUGGGUUUAUCCUUGUCAUAGACCGGAGACAAGACAAAUGGACUUCUGUGAAAGCCUCUGUCCUUCGAAUAGCAGCAUCUUUCCCAGGGAACCUACAACUUGUCCUUGUUCUACGUCCAACAGGAUUUUUACAACGGACUCUCUCAGACAUUGCUUUCAAAUUCAAUAGAGAUGAAUUUAAAAUGAAGGUACCUAUCAUAAUGCUCAGUUCAGUACCAGAAUUGCAGAGUUAUAUUGACAAAACACAGCUGACAGAAGAUCUUGGUGGGACCUUGGACUAUUGCCAUAGCAGGUGGCUAUCUCACCGCACAGCUAUUGAAAGUUUCGCCGUAAUGGUUAAGCAAACAGCUCAAAUGCUCCAGUCCUUUGGGACAGAACUGGCCGAGACAGAAUUACCUAAUGAUGUACAGUCAACCAGCUCCAUUCUUUCAGCCCACACAGAGAAGAAAGGCAAAAUGAAGGAAGAUAUGAUGUUAGCAUUAAAAGAGGGACACGCAAUCCUCGAAAGCAUUCGAGAGCCACUGACCAAGAAUCCCGAGUACAACCUUAACCAAGAUCAGCUCGACAAUCAAACCACAGUGCAGAGGCUUUUGGAUCAGCUGGGUGAAACCGAAGCUGCUUUUGAUGAAUUUUGGGCAAAGCAUCAGCAGAAACUCGAGCAGUGCCUACAGCUCCGGAAUUUUGAGCAGAAUUUUCGGGAGGUGAAAGCCAUCUUAGAUGUUGUAUCAGAGAAGUUAUCAGCCUUUACAGACGUGGGAAAUAGCUAUGCUCAUGUGGAACAUAUGCUGAAGGACCUUGCUAGCUUCGAAGAAAAAUCCAAUGAAGCUGUUCAGAAGGCUAGAGCCUUGUCUUUGGAAGGUAACCAGCUCAUCCAAAGCAAGCAUUAUGCUGUGGACUCCAUCCUGCCAAAGUGCAAUGAACUUCAGCACCUCUGUGAUGAAUUCACAACUGAAAUGAGUAAAAGGAGGAAUCUCCUCCACAAGUCACUGGAACUCCAUAGCCUUCUUGAAAAAUCUAUGAAAUGGUGUGACGAAGGCAUUUACCUGCUAGCUUCCCAGCCCGUGGACAAAUGUCAAUCCCAGGAUGGAGCUGAGUCAGCCCUACAAGAGAUCGAGAAGUUUUUAGACACUGGUACAAAAAACAAAAUCCAGGAGCUCAAUAAAGUUUACAAAGAAUAUGAAUCCAUUCUCAAUCCAGAUCUAAAGGAGCAUGUACAAAAGGUCUUUCAGAAACAAGAGAGCAUGGAAGAAAUGUUUCAGAAGAGGCAGGUGAGCCUGAAGAAACUGGCAGCAAAGCAGACCCGGCCAGUACAGCCCGUGGCACCAAGACCUGAAGCAUUUACAAAGUCCCCCUGCCCUUCUCCAGGUCUUCGAAGAGGUUCUGAAAACUCCCCUAGUUCUGAAAGCAACAUACCGAAAAGAGGAAACUACAAAAGAGCAAAGAGUGAAAUGAGCGAUAUCCAACAGGGCAGAAGUGGCUCAGUGAUGGAUGAUGAAGAAAAUCUGGCAAUAUUACGAAGACAUGUAAUGAAUGAACUUAUUGAAACAGAGCGGGCAUAUGUAGAAGAGCUCCUUUGUGUCCUUGAAGGAUAUGCCGCAGAGAUGGAUAACCCCCUAAUGACGCAUCUCAUUUCACCAGCCCUUCAAAAUAAGAAGGAUGUUCUAUUUGGCAACAUGGAGGAGAUUUAUCAUUUCCAUAACAGAAUUUUCCUGAGAGAACUUGAAAACUACAUAGACUACCCAGAACUGGUAGGAAGGUGUUUUCUGGAAAGGAUGGAAGAUUUUCAGAUUUAUGAGAAGUAUUGUCAAAACAAGCCCAGGUCAGAAAGUCUCUGGAGGCAGUGCUCAGACUGUGCGUUUUUUCAGGAAUGCCAGAAGAAACUUGAUCACAAACUCAGUUUGGAUUCUUAUUUGCUGAAGCCUGUACAAAGAAUAACCAAGUAUCAGCUAUUAUUAAAGGAAAUGCUGAAAUACAGUAAAAACUGUGAAGGAGCUGAGGAUCUACAGGAGGCACUGACUUCUAUCCUUGGAAUUCUCAAAGCCGUCAAUGAUUCCAUGCACCUGAUUGCCAUUACUGGCUAUGAUGGAAACCUAAAUGAAUUGGGCAAGCUCUUAAUGCAAGGCUCCUUUAGUGUUUGGACAGACCACAAGAAGGGCCAUGCCAAAGUGAAAGAUCUGGCCAGAUUUAAGCCAAUGCAGAGACAUCUGUUCCUCCAUGAGAAAGCAGUUCUAUUCUGUAAGAAGAGAGAAGAGAAUGGAGAAGGUUAUGAAAAAGCACCUUCCUACAGUUACAAGCAAUCCUUAAAUAUGACGGCUGUUGGAAUCACAGAGAAUGUGAAAGGGGAUGUUAAGAAAUUUGAAAUCUGGUAUAAUGCAAGGGAAGAAGUUUACAUCAUACAGGCUCCAACUCCUGAAAUUAAAGCAACUUGGGUAAAUGAAAUCCGGAAAGUCUUAACCAGUCAGCUCCAGGCUUGCAGAGAGGCCAGUCAGCACCGAGCAUUGGAGCAGACUCAGAGCUUGCCUUUGCCCACAUCCUCAAACACAAGUCCCUCAAAAAAUCAAACAAAGAGUAUUAAAAAAUUAGAAGAAAGAAAAACCGAUCCUGCAAGCCUGGAGGGAUAUGUCAGUUCAGCAUCUGUGCCGAAGAACCCAGACAAAAGCAAAGAUGACACAGUAACUAGCUCUACCUCAGAAAGCUCUGCUCUGUCCAAAAAGCGCUUUACACUGCAGGGCUUUGCUAACCUCAAAAGUCAGAAAGCUUCUCCUACCAGUCCUGACAAAAAAGCUAAGCGACAUGAAGUUAAGAGUGAUCCAACUCCUUUUGGUUUAAGAGAUGCAAGCUCAGUAGUAACCCUGACCAGGGCCAGGUGGUUCAGCUCAUCUAACUUGGCCCCAACAGCCCAGCCCAGGAAAGGUUGGACUAAAACUUCCCAUUCACUUGAUGCCUCUGAAGACAAUGAUGGCUGGUCAAGCGCUGAGGAUCCCCUGAAUUCAUCAGAUGCAGAGGAAGAAGGUGGAGCAGGACUCAGGAAACUGGUUCCUGGCAAAUAUACAGUUGUGGCCGACCAUGAUGAAAAAGGAAGUCCAGAAUCCCUUGCUGUGAAAAGCGGAGAUAUAGUAGAAUUGCUACAUGAGGGAGAGGAGGGACUUUGGUUUGUAAAGAACUUGACCACAAGCAAGGAAGGCUGGGUACCAGCGAGCAACCUUUUGGCAUUGAUUGGCAACUCAAAAUCUGCUCAGUCUUUGAGCAGCUCAGAAUCUGGCACUGGUUCCACCUUUCUGAGCUCCUCCUCAAGCUGUAGUGAGAGUUGCAAUGCCACCUUUUCAGACAUCAAAGGGUAACCACUAAGGGCUUACUGGUUACGAUUCCUGAAAACCAUGUGCAAACUUCUGAAGGCCAAAUUGCAGGAGGGAAAACCAUCAUGUCCAGUUUUGUCGUGCUUGGAAUUUACUUAGUUUAGAGAAGGAGAAGUUUCUUUUAAAAUAGAAGAGAUUCAGAAGAUGAGUUGGAGGAUAUGAAAAUAACUUACUGGGAAAACUCUUGAGCUGUUUGUAGAACAACAGGUGGUGUGAGAAUAAGAGGAAAUGUUCUCAAGUGGGACUUCUCAUCUCUACUCUUGAUUCCACAACUCAUUCCCUAAUGUAUAUAUUCCAGUCCUCACGGAGACACCAGUUCAAUCAUGCCACAUUGGAAGAAAUGGACAGUGGUGAAUAUCCCAAUAAAAAUAAAGCUCUGUACAAAGGAUGGCUAAGCAAACUUAUGCUACUAAUCAUACUCCCAAUGAACAUUCUUUCCCAGACACUUUUCCUUGGUUGACAGUGUCUUGUUAUAAAUAACUAGAAAUGAUGCUUCGAUCCAGUCAUUCUGCUUUUGUUUUCUUCUGCAAGAAUAUGCAUCCUUUUGAAGCUGAUCACUCAAGAAAUGAACAACUCAUUGACCCAACAGUUUAGAGACAGGACUAUUUUAUCUUCUACAACUUUUUUUAAGGGAAUUAUUUGGUGGCCAUUUUUUUGUGUGUGUGGUACUUUGGCCUCUAAUCAAGAAUCACUGUGUUUACAAAAAAAAAAAAGACAAUUUGAUACCACUUUGAUACAUAACUAUUUUUUGUUACUAGGAUUCACAUUUAAACAUAUUUGUAAAGUUAAAUAUGAUCUUACCUGUCUAUAAUACCAAGGUAACUGUUGUUUUGGGGUGAAGCUCUUUGGUUGUCCUUGAAUGAAAAUGAGCUAAUUUUCACCCCCAGAAGAAAAUACAAACUGAAAAUAUUCAUCAUUUCUUUUUCUACCAAAAAAAAAGGUAUGGGGGAACUCUUUCUGUUUUUUAAGAACUUCUCUACGUUACACAUAUUUUUUACUGUUUUUUAAAGAAAUGGUAAAUAUGACAUUUUUUCCAGCUAUUAAUUCAGCCAAUACUCUUUAUAUAAUCUGAGAUUCUCUGGGACCUAGCCUUCCACUAUGCAGGCUUUGACCUUAGCUGGUCUACUCCAAUUCUUCUGCUUAAAAAACAAAUCUCUGGUUGUCCACAUAACAUUAUUUUACAAUACCUUGGAUAUAUGGAUGUAAAUGCAGAGGAAAAUGGUUUGUGUGCAAGGCAGAACUGAAAAGGAAAUGCCUCAUUUUUUUUUUGUUUGUGUCUAUGUGUGUUUCAGAAAACAAAACUCCUGUUCUACUGACUGUUGAAACACACUCUAAUUGGUUGGGGCAGAUUUUUUUAUAUGUAUGUAUAUAUGUUCAUGUGUGUGUAUAUAUGUAUAUAUAAAUAUUGUAAAGGAUGUAUUUAUAGUCUCCAUGCUGCUGAGAGUAUGCCACUUUACAGUCCAUAAAUACCAGUUUUCAUGAACUCCUGCAACAUGAGACUGAUCAGGGUUUUCAUUUCCUAGACUGCAUCUCAUAUGCUCUACCAGAAGGAAAUCAGCCCACAUUUCCUAUGGUCUGUGAGUCUCUCCUUAGCCAGAAACCUCUUGCCUAAGACAUGCAGUAUUGAACAUUGGGAGGAGGCAUAAUGGCUUUUCUUCAGGUUUGUAAAUUAUUUGUAAAUGCCAUGUAACAUAAUUUACUCAAGUCUAUUGUUGAGAUGCUUUCCUUCCAUCUCCUUGCAGCAGACUUGCUACUUGUGAUUGUCUCAUCUCAGCACUUUAAACCUCGCAUUUCAUUCACCGUUCCUUUUUUUUUCUACUGCUAAUGUAAAUGACGUACAAAAUUAGAAUUCUUUAUUGUAUGUAUUAUGGUUGGAUGAAUAAACUUCAGCAGCUUUUGCUGCGUGUAUACCCCUCACAUUUUAUAAAGAGCA